GUUGUGCCCGCUUUUUCUCCUCCAAGUGGACUCGCUCCUAUUCCUAUCCUAUCCUUGCCUUUCCUUUCGUGCUGCUGGCUGGCGUUGGUCGAUUUGUCUGGGACCAUCUCUCCUCUCUUUGUCAUAUCCUGUCGAUAUUAUCGCCAUUGUUGUCGUCACACCUGCAGCUUCGUGCCCCCCCGUUCCGUCCAUCCGCGACUCCCUGCGUCUUCCCUUCGACUCGAUCAUCAUGGCUGCUCUUCGCUCGUCUUCGCGCCUGUUCGCCUCCGCGCGACCCCUCUUCCGUCCUGCCGCCUUCGCUCGCUCCUAUGCGACCGUUGAGUCUUCCGCGCAGGACCCCAACCCCUCGGAUCAGCCUCGCGUCAAAAAGUUCCAGGUCUACCGCUGGAACCCCGACCAGCCGGCCGAGAAGCCGCAGAUGCAGACCUACUCCCUCGACCUGAACAAGACCGGCCCCAUGAUGCUGGACGCCCUGAUCCGCAUCAAGAACGAGAUGGACCCCACCCUGACUUUCCGCCGCAGUUGCCGUGAGGGUAUCUGUGGCAGUUGCGCCAUGAACAUCGACGGAACCAACACCCUGGCCUGCCUGUGCCGGAUCCCCACGGAUACCACCAAGGAGUCGCGCAUCUACCCGCUGCCGCACAUGUACGUCGUCAAGGACCUGGUGCCGGACUUGACCCAGUUCUACAAGCAGUACAAGUCGAUCAAGCCUUACCUGCAGCGCGAUACUCCUACUGAGGAUGGCCUUGAGUACCGCCAGAGCCCCGAGGAGCGCAAGAAGCUGGACGGUCUGUACGAGUGCAUUCUGUGCGCCUGCUGCUCGACCUCGUGCCCGUCGUACUGGUGGAACAGCGAGGAGUACCUGGGCCCCGCCAUCCUGCUCCAGUCGUACCGGUGGCUGGCCGACUCGCGUGACGAGCGCACCGCCGAGCGCAAGGCCGCUCUGGACAACAGCAUGAGCGUGUACCGAUGCCACACGAUUCUCAACUGCACGCGGACCUGCCCCAAGGGUCUGAACCCGGCCCUUGCCAUUGCCGAGAUCAAGAAGAUGAUGGCUGCGCAUUAGGAUUUUUAAAAAAUGGUUUUUUUU